AUGGAUUCUCCCAAGGUAGAGAUUGAUGCAUCAUCGGCAAAGGAGGUCGUGGAAGGUGUGGUGAUCACGGUCACCCAAGAAGAGAAUGAUCGAAUCAAGAAAAAGACUGAUCGAGUCAUCCUCCUCAUCCUCAUCUGGGUGUACUUCCUACAGAUUUUGGACAAAGGUGUUUUGGGAACGGCGGCACUGUUCAACCUUCAGUCUGAUAUGGGUCUCGUGGGGAACCAGUAUUCCCUCAUUGGAACGAUUGCUCCCGCCGCGCAACUAGCGUGGCAGCCAUUUUCCGCGUGGAUCCUGGUUAAUGUCCCCCCCCGUAUUCUUAUGCCAACUAUGAUUCUCGGAUGGGGUAUCGCGGUGGCAUGUAUGGCUGCUUGCAAUACUUUCUCAACCUUCAUCGCCGCUCGCUUUUUCAUGGGUCUAUUCGAGGCCGGAUGUAUGCCUCUCUUCACCAUUCUCACCGGUAGAUGGUAUCGCCGGAUUGAACAGCCAAUUCGUAUCGCUCUUUGGUACUCUGGCAAUGGCACAGGUACUAUGGUGGCUGCUUCGUUGGCUUAUGGCCUUGGCCAUAUUAAGUCUGAUGUGUUGAAGCCUAUCUUCCUGUUUGUUGGUCUUAUCACUAUCGUCACCGCGCCAUUCAUCUACUGGAAGCUUGACAAUGAUGUUACUACGGCCCGUUUCCUUACCGAAAACGAGCGACACCAGGCCGUGGAGCGCCUCCGUGCCAACCAGAAUAGUUCAACAUCCUACGAGUUCAAGUGGAAGCAGGCUCUUGAGGUCUUCUUGGAACCCAAGAGCUGGCUUUUCGUUACGAUGGCCCUGCUCCCAAACAUGGGUUCGGCCUUGCCUAGUCUCUUUGGUCCUCUUAUCGUGACUGGUUUCGGAUUCGACAAGUUCCAAGCUGCUCUAUUAAACAUUCCUUAUGGAGCUAUUACCACAAUUGUGAUUAUCCUGAGCUGCUGGGCUUCUCACAAAGCGAAGCUCAAGUCUGCCGUUUUGGCUGCUUUCAUGCUUCCUGUGGUGGUGGGAAUCGCCCUUCUUUACGCACUUCCCCAUGGCGUGAAGAAAAACCAGGGACCGCUACUCUUUGCCUACUACUUGACUUCUUUUAUCUAUGCCGCCAAUCCCAUUCUUCUGUCUUGGGUGGUUGGAAACACGGCCGGUGCUGCCAAGGUGUCCAGCAUGGUUGCACUUUACCAGGCUGGUACUUCCGCGGGUGCCCUCUCGGGUCCCCUCCUGUUCACCGCUGAUCAGGCUCCCAAUUAUCUUCCCGGUACGCGUGCUGUGCUCGGCCUCUUCGUUGCCUUGCUUGGCUGCGUGGGUAUUCAAUUCCUGAACCUUUGGUUCUUGAACAAGCAGCACAAGAAGCACAGAAUCGCCAAUGGUAAAGCUGGUGAUAUCAAGGAUACCUCUAUGACCGCCGAGGUUGGAGUCGAUAGUAAUGUUCAGGGGGCACAAGUUGAAGACAUGCCCUUUAAGGAUAUCACGGACAAGGAAAACGAUGAGUUUGUGUAUAUUUAUUGA